AUUGUUGAAGCCGGAUUAUUCAUUUCUAUUUGUGAAUUACAUUCCAAAGAUUUUUGAAUUACUGAUCUGUACGAAUGGAAAUUGUUUAACUGGCUUUGCUGUGAGAAACGAGGUUUUGUAGGACGUAAGAAAGGGUUUAACUCUUUUUAGCAGCAAAGCAUUGAGAAUAAACAAAUCAGUUUCGAAAGAUUCAGUGUUGACGUCUAGGAGUAAAAAGGUGAAGAAGCGGUUUUUUCGUUGGGAAAGUAUAUGACAAGUUGGUGAGUAUUUUCGUAUUUAUCUAAAGUAAUCGUCGGUUUACGGUCUUGGUCUUUCUAAACUUAAGCUUGAUUAACAUACAAUGCCAUGUCUUCUCCCUUUGUUCCUAAUACAUUGGCUGUGUACCAUAAUCUUUUAAUUUUAGAAGCUUCCUUUCGAAAAACAUAUCUACAGCUUCGCUCCCGUCGACGAAAGUAUCUAGCUUUUUACAUUUCUAUGUUGACAUGGAAUGUUUACUUUUCAUACAGGGUGUUUUUUCGUGCUUCACUGUAUUCGUUAAUUGACCUCAUUUACAAAUUAUGCCUGCUUUCAGGAAUUGUCACUAUGUUGUUGUUUUACGUCCUUGGACUUUACCGUUCAAGCAUAGCAUAUCCUUCGCGCUAUAUUCAACAGACAAACAAAGCUUUGCGCUUAUUCAACAUCCGUCUCGUCAUUACGCCAAUCCCAUUUUUCCAGUUUCGAAAUCCUUUAGAUGAUGGCGUUCAUUUGGUAUUAUCGAGUAAGCGCUUUGACAUUCUUGUGAUUGAAGGUUGGGAAGCGUUUAGAACGGCCUAUAUGACCUCUGAACAAAGACGUCAAAAGAGGAAAAAGCGGUUUCGUAAAUCAUCUGCAAUUACUGCACCUUCUUCCACCUCGGCACAAAAAUCAAGGAUGUUUUCAUCCCGACCCAAAAUUAGAAGCGAAGGCCAAGCGAUUCCUCCGCGGUUGGAGUCAGUUUAUGAGUCUCCUACAAGAAAACGGACUACUUAUUCCCAAGAUCAUUCUUUCGAUGGUCCGAAUUCCCCCUCGUUCCAUGAGCUCUCAUAGGAUUUUGUAAGACAAUGGUAGUUCUUUCUGUUAAUAUCGUCGACUUGGUCGUUAAUCCUUUAUCCAUUUUAGUUUAGUACUGGACUCUAAUUGUUAAUGGCUCUUCUUUAAAUAGUUCCUAUCAUUCGUUAUUGUACUUUUUAAUGAGUAUGAUCUCUAUUGUUUUUGUUUUUAUUUAAGUCUUGAUGGUACUUCUAUUUGCCAUUUAAACAGCCUUUGAUUAUAAUUGACAUCAUUUUUUAGCAUUGGCAUACAUGAAAGUUCAAUAUGCUUUUUGUUUUCGUUCCCUCUGUCAAUUCUUCUUGAGAAGUAUUUUCAUUAAAGGCUCAAUGUUGUUUGAUGAAUUAUUUUUGUUUACGCUUACGGCUACUCGAGGACAUCACUUUGUUUAAGUUAUCAAUUGAAAAAAAAGUAGAAACUUUACAAUGAUGCUAAUGAAAAAAAGAUACAAAAGAUCAAGUUUAUCUAUUUUACUGAAAAUUUCCUUUUUUCAUAUGUUCACUCAUCUGUUGUUCCUGAAGACAAGUGUAGUAUGUACCUGAUUAUAUAAGUAAAUUACUUUUCAGAAGAUUAGUGCAUAGAACAAUUACAAUUUAAGCCAAGCAAACUAUAAACAGCAAGAGCUCGAGGCAUUUAUGGUCGCAAAAAUAGUAUAUACAUUUCGCAAAAAUUUACAUAGAAU